AUGGCCGCCCCGGGUCUAGCUGGCACGGAUUUGCUGGCGUCCGCGAAGUGCCACACACUCCACAAUGGAGUCAGCAUGCCCCUCCUUGGCCUGGGUACUUGGCGAUUGCAUGGUAACAAGCUGCGAGGCGGCGUUUUUGGGGCGCUACAAGAACAAUACGGCCUCAUAGACACCGCCUCAGUAUAUGAAAAUGAAGCAGAGAUCCGCGAACUCCUCAAGGAAGCAGGCAAUCCAAGGGUUUUUCUGACAUCCAAAUUACAGCCGAAGGAUGCUCAGGGGACUGAGGCGGUCCUGCGAGCGUUUGAUGGAACAAUACAACGCCUGGGUGUCGACCAGUUGGAUCUUUACCUCAUUCACUGGCCAGGCAGCAGCGGUGUGGACACCAGCGACCCAGAGAACCGUCGGCGGCGAAUUGAAAGUUGGCGAGCAUUGGAGCAGCUCUACGAACAGAAAAAGGUCCGGGCUAUUGGCGUUUCGAACUUUAUGGUGACACACCUUGAAAAUCUCAUGGAGGACGGAGCGAAGAUUAUGCCUAUGGUCAACCAGAUCGAAUGGCAUCCUAUGUGUUGGGUUCCCGAACUUAUUCCCUUCGCCAAAAAGCACAACAUUACCCUACAAGCGUAUUCCUCCCUGGGCUCGGGCGAAAAUCGACUUCUAGAGCACCCCGUAGUCAAGGAGAUCGCUAAGGAAAUUCAGCAGCCCCCCAGUGUGGUGCUCCUACGAUGGGCCUUGCAGCAGGGGUUAUUGGUUAUCCCAUGCAGCACUUCUCAAGAGCAUUUAAGAGAAAACGCAAGGAUAUUCGACGUGCAGCUUUCUGAUGACCAGAUGAACAAGCUCAGCUCCAUCCAUGAGGAGGGACAGCACCGCUUUUGCUGGAAUCCACACAAAAUCGCCUGA